AUGCGGGACCGAUUGUUGAGGGAUCUAGAUCGUUCCACAUCUCUAUACCCGAAUGACAUGGGGUCCGGCAGAGGGGGCUCUGAUGUGGGCAGCGAGUGUGUCAUGUUUACGGGCAGGCGCUCCGGCGGAGCUCCCGUAUCGUCCUCGCAAGACGUCUUAUCGAUUUACAUCAACCGAGCAAAUCACACGAUAGACGCGAUACGGUAUUUUGGUGAUGGUCGUCCAGAGUUGUAUAACUAUAUGGCUUUGAUAGGCUACCCUGAGCUUUUGCUAAACCUGACCUUUCGGUACAAAGAGGCUGCCGAGCGCUCGCAUUCUACCGGAGAAGCCAAUCUGCCGCCAACAUGUUGUCUCACGGCCGGUGUUCUAAAUCAUCAACUAGAUCUUAUCAACUACCUGAGACUGCCCUACUUCAGGACCAUUUUUUCCGAUCGUUUUGUUGCGUUCUUUGCAUCAUUACGGCAACGAAUGCGACAGCAUGAGGAAUUCGUUCGCGUAGAGGAGCAAAUUCUUGCGAAGCGUAUGACAAAGGAGGCGUUUGAACCACUCACCAAGGAUGAAGUUAAUGCCCAUAUGAAGGCGCUGACUGACUCUAAGAAAGCAUUUAGACAAGAGAUCGAGUUGGCAUUGGUUCGAUUUCUGCACGAAAAUAAGGAGUUUAGACCUAAUAUUACGUAUUUGCCCAAUAUCAGGCACUUUGUGGACAAGAAUGAGCCGAUUGUGUCGUUAAUGUAG